GUCCAGUCAUCACCUACGUGUACUCACCUGAUUCUCAGGCUAUAAAUGACCCCAGCCACGGCACCAGCUUUUAGUCUUCCACUCCCGCUGGUGACGUUUUUGGAGCAGGUGCCGCUCAAACCAUGACUGCUGUCAGCCUGGAAUGGAAUAAGGAUCCAUGGCCUGGACCGCAGUAAACAAUCUCAGUCACUAUGCCCUCCUCUUCUUCUGGCUGGGCUGUCAAGGCACGCCUCUCCCGUCAGAUAAGCACAGUCUUUGCUUCGAAUUCACUGUUGAGGCUUCCUCUGAACUUGGAAAGUCAUGGCUUAAGGUAUGCUGCUCAUUGGAUGAAAAGCUUUUAUUGGAGUACAAUAACGCCAACAAAGCUGAACUUGUGGGUAGCAAUGGAGAAGGAAAUUCCACCAAAGUAUGGGAAGAUAUGACUCAAACGGUUAAAGAAAUGGGACAAGAGUUCAGGAAGAAGCUAUUACACAUCAGACCAAAGACAAAUAAUACCACGGAUCAUCCUGAAUUGCAAGUCAACAUAUGCUGUCAACGUGAAAUUGAACAGAACACUGGUGCCUCCUUGCUGUUCAACCUUAACAAACAAAAUUUAGCCUUAUUUGAUCCAAACAGCAUGACUUGGACAGAGCUUAAUCCUGAAGCAAGAGGUGUUAUAACGAUAUUGGAAAAUGACAAGGAACUAGAGAAAGAUCUCAAGAAGUUUUCCAUGGGAGACUGUAGUCACUGGCUCAAUGAAUUCUUAAAGCACUGGACAGAAAUUUCAAGACCAACGGCAAAGACUUUAGAUACCAUACAGAUGUCACCAAAAUCUUGGGAUAUGAAUGCGAUCAUCACUGCAGUCAUCACAAUCGUAAUCCUUUUUCUUAGCGGUGUCGUCAUUGGUGUCGUCAUUGGUGUCGUUGUCAUUUAUUGGAAUCACAUAGGUUCUUCUCAGUUGGGCUGGGAAUGA